UAGGCACAAUGCAAUCCUGAUUCGUUGUGGUCUCCGGAUAUUAAAAACGGGCACACAGCCUUUCCUCUGUUCAUGACAGAGCGUCUGGACAGCAACAGUCAGUGCUCGAUUGGUUUCGUCUGGAGAAACCAUGGCAGACCGAGAGGAUAAUGUUACCAUUCCCAAGUUCAACUGCCUUCUCCAAAUGGAUCCCUACCUCAAAGCGUACGAGAAGGACUUCAAGAGGAGGUAUGAGCUGCUACAGAAGCAGCUUUUACAGCUGGAAGAGACGGAAGGUGGCUUUGACCAGUUCACACUGAGCUACCAGACAAUCCUUGUGCAGCGACGUCCUGACAACAGCCUGUGUUUUUCAGAGUGGGCUCCGGCUGCAGAGGCCCUCUUCCUCACCGGUGACUUCAAUGGCUGGGACAAAUUCUCCCACCCCUACACCAAGAAAGCAUUUGGCAAGUGGGAACUGAUUCUCCCGCCCAAGCAUGACAAGUCUCCAGCUGUGGAUCAUAACACCAAACUCAAGGUGGUAGUUCACACCAAGGAUGGUGGCCGGCUGUAUCGGAUCUCGCCGUGGGCAAAAUAUGUGACCAGGGAGGAGAAAGCUGUCAUCUAUGACUGGGUUCACUGGGAUCCCCCUCAGCCCUACAUUCAAAUCCACGAUCGGCCAAAAAGACCCAGGAGCCUGAGAAUAUACGAGGCCCACGUGGGCAUCGCUUCACCUGAGGGCAAGAUUGCCUCGUACACCAACUUCACGAACAACGUGCUGCCUCAUAUAAAAGACCUGGGUUACAACUGUAUUCAGCUGAUGGCGGUCAUGGAGCACGCCUACUACGCAAGUUUUGGAUAUCAGAUUACAAGUUUCUUUGCUGCUUCCAGUCGGUACGGUACCCCGGACGAGCUGAAGCAGCUGAUAGAUGUGGCUCAUUCGAUGGGCAUCGUGGUGCUGCUGGACGUCGUUCACAGCCACGCCUCCAAAAACACUGAGGACGGCCUGAACAACUUUGAUGGCUCCGACUCGUGCUUCUUCCACUCUCCACCCAGAGGAGAGCACAGCCUGUGGGGCAGCCGCCUCUUCAACUACUCCAGCUGGGAAGUGCUGCGGUUCCUCCUGUCAAACCUGCGCUGGUGGAUGGACGAGUACUGCUUUGACGGCUUCAGAUUUGAUGGCAUUACCUCAAUGCUGUACCAUCACCAUGGCAUCGGCGUCGGCUUCUCAGGGGACUACAGUGAGUACUUUGGCCUACAGGUGGAUGAAGACGCUUUGGUUUACCUGAUGCUUGCCAAUCACAUUCUUCAUACCCUUUAUCCUGACUGCAUCACUGUUGCAGAGGAUGUGUCGGGGAUGCCUGCUCUCUGCAGAGGUGUGGAGGAGGGAGGACUUGGUUUUGAUUACCGACUGGGUAUGGCCAUUCCUGACAAGUGGAUUCAGAUCCUAAAGGAGUUAAAGGAUGAGGAGUGGGACAUGGGCAAUAUCAUCCACACACUGACCAACAGACGCUAUGGAGAGAAAUGCAUAGCCUAUGCAGAAAGCCAUGAUCAGGCUCUGGUUGGGGAUAAGACUCUCGCCUUCUGGUUGAUGGACAAGGAGAUGUACACCAACAUGAGCUCCAUGAUUCCCAUGACACCCAUCAUCGACCGCGGCAUCCAGCUGCAUAAGAUGAUCCGUCUCCUCACUCACGGCCUGGGUGGAGAGGGCUACCUCAACUUCAUAGGGAAUGAGUUUGGCCAUCCUGAGUGGCUGGAUUUCCCCAGAGAGGGGAACAAUCAGAGUUACCACUAUGCCCGGCGGCAGUUUAACCUAUUGGAUAUGGAUCACCUCCGCUACAGUCAGCUCAACGCCUUUGACCGGGACAUGAACCGCACUGAAGACAAGUAUGGCUGGCUGGCUGCCCCACCUGCCUUUGUCAGUGCCAAGCAUGAAGGGGACAAGGUCAUUGUGUUUGACAGGGGACAUGCGCUCUUUAUCUUCAACUUCCACCCCAGUAAGAGCUUCCAGGACUACAGGGUGGCUGUAGAAGUUCCGGGAAAAUACAAAAUCAAGCUGGAUUCAGAUAUGGUUCAGUAUGGAGGUCACGGACGGCUGGACCACAACACAGAGUUCUUCACACAUGCUGAGCCCUACAACGGUCGCCCCAACUCAAUUCAGGUCUACAUCCCCUGCAGAACAGCUAUUGUCCUGGCCAACGACGAGAUAGAUUACUGUUAUUAGAGGAUGAUUGUCUCCACAGAGACCAGGAUCGAGAAUGGAUUCCAACCUCAAACUGAGUGUUAACAAUCACCUUCAUCUUAAAGUGUCAACCUUGCACACCACCCAAACCCACUUUUUGUGUUUGAGUCUUUUUCUAAAUGGUAAAAAAAAGCAAUGUGAGCUUGUGUGCUUUCAAACACCAUCUGCAACCUUAGAUGCUGUGUAACCCCAUUUACUACAGAUUGGUCCAUUUGGGAAGCGUCCAACCUAACCAGCAGCUAGAUGCUAAAACUUAAAACCCUGCCGAGUCCAUCCACCACUAGCCAGCAGCCAUUUAUAGGCUCCGCUGAAUUUGGCGUGUCAUCUGAAACACAUGACCAGCCACUGUGGCAGAGGGAAGCAAUACAAGAAGCAUUCAAACAUGAUAAAAAUCCAGAGAAAAUCAGAAUAUCUUCUAAUGUUAUGUACUAUGUUGGAAUACAUUUGACUUGGUUUAAUUAUUUUGUAUUUAAGUACAGAUAAAAUGUUGGUGCCAGUGACACAAACAGAAUAACAGUAUUAUCAGUACUUUGAGAAAUGAUAACAUCCAGGUAUUUAAUCACUGAUAAUCAAUCUUUGUUAAUUUGCAUUUUGGGACAUUGUACGAUAAAAAAAAUAUUGCAAUUUGCACAAAGUAAUAAGCUGCUUUGAAUUAUUAUACUUUAAUGGGUAUCUAAAACAGUUGUGUUGUAAUGUUUGAAUUUAUGCAGCUACUGGGAGCAUUCAUGCGGUUAUUUAUGGCCCUGUUAUUAAGCCAGUAAUUUGCAGCUAAAGCAAAGUGAUAAAAUCACCUAAUUUGGAUUGUUCACAGUGUGUUGCAUAAUGCACAAGUAACAUUUUAGCUGAAUUACACUGUUUUUUCCCACUUAAGAAAAAGUAAUGCAUGGUUUUCUACCAGAGUAGGUCCUAUUAAAGUAGUUUAUGUAAACUGUUCAGACUGUUAACAUCUGCUAAUUCUACCUUGAUUUAUUUGCACCCUGUUCAUUACUACAGCAUUCCUCUGUGAUUAUUGUACAACACUGACAGAGCCUAAAUUCGCAUAGACAACGGCAUGUGCCUUUCAUAAUUAGCUCUGACUUUUCUGACUUUUGUCUCAACAUACUUGAUGAUUAAACAUCUCAAAGACCAGCUGCAACGAUCAUCCUAUGUUCUGCUUUGCUGUUGUGUGAGAAGGUUAUUGAUCAACGUGUACAAACUGAGGAACAUCAGUGAUGAUAUGUGACUGUUUUUGUGCUGAAUUUAAUACAACAUGUCAUUUAAGUGGUCUUUCAUACAAGAGGUUUAAUUAUGUUUUGUUAUAAUUGAUCUGUUUCCAGCCUGUAUGUUCUCUUGGUUGUUCUAAAAGUCCCUUGUUGCCAUGCGAAUGGCUGUCUUUUGGAAAACUUUCAGCAUUCCCUGCACGUUUGAUCAAAGCAAUACCAUUAGAAGUGAAACAAGAGCUGAUUUUGGGCAUCCCAGAUAAAAGCUAAUGCCUUGAUUUACUGCCAUGGAUACUGUAAUUCUGUGAUCCACACCUACUGCAUUAGUAGAGAUUCUCAGCCAUUUAAGCCGUGUACUGUAGCAUAUGGCAGGUUUUGAUCUGCCUCUCCUGCAGCCCAAGAAAACAAAUUUAUAUUCAGGACCAUCCUCCUGUGUUUAGCCAAAAGUAUCAUGAACAUGUCAUUUCUUUUUGUGUAACACCAAAGCAUUGAAAAAUGCCUUUCUCCACCUCUCGAAAAAGCACAGAGAGGAUCACUCUGCAUAAAUUUCAAGCAACGAGGUUGUGAGACUGAAGUGGAGUGUUUAAUCAUCCCUCAUCUGACCCAAUGUCAUUGUCGUUUUACCACUGCCAAAAUGAAUUGUCUGCAUUUGUUCUCAAAAGUAAAAUUGAUGUCUGAUACACAGUAA